ACCAAAAAUGACUACAUCCCAUUCACGGGUUUUUAUGAGGCGUUUGACAGAUGUGGGUCAAACGUCCGCCAUCUUGGGGAUGCCUCCAAAAAUGCAUUUCCGGGUUACUCGUUUUAAAUGGCUCCUGGUCACCUGCGUUCACCUCAAUGCGGAAGUAUGACUUGUUUGUUUGUUGUGGUGGUAGUUUGGGGGGGGGGACACCCCAGCCCCAGCCCCAGCCCCCCAACACACGAAUAACCUCCAUAAAGCCUCACCACCCCAGACCGCUGCGGGGCCCGAAUUCUAGUGGGAAAAGUGUGGAGCAGCCAACAGGAUGAGCACGAGGAACGUCCCCAUAUGGAGCCGAGGUGGUGGGGGCGGAGGGGGCUGCCUGCGGGCGAAGUGGAACGCGGCCGCCCGACCCCACGCACUCCAGCUGGGCUGGCGAACUUCACUUCGCGGACUCUUUAAACAAGAAAAAAAAGAAAAGAGAAAAGGAGAGAGAGAGAGCCGGAAUCGGAGGAAAGCGGCAAGCAGCCCUCCUGGCGGUGGAAAACAUUGGACAUGUCGCGGCACCGCGUGCAGUUCGCGGACAUCCCCGCCACCGGCGACGACCACAGCGCAGCUGGCACGUUUCACAAGCAGAAGCCCCAAGCACUGUCCCAGCCCGCAGCCCGGCGUGGACGUAGACCACAUCUCCCUGACGUCUCUGGACUCGCUGGAGGCCAUGUCCGAGGUCGACGCGCCGACGGGCUUCACCCGGGGCAGCCGGAUUCGCGCCAGUCUGCCCGUGGUCCGAUCCACCAACCAGACCAAAGACCGCUCGCUUGGCGUGCUCUACCUGCAGUACGGCGACGAAACUAAACAGAUCCGCAUGCCCAACGAGGUCACCAGCAUCGACACGGUCCGGGCCUUGUUCGUCAGCGCCUUCCCGCAGAUGCUCACCAUGAAGAUGCUGGAGUCGCCCAGCAUGGCCGUCUACGUCAAGGACGACAUGAGGAACAUGUACUACGAACUUAGCGAUGUCAGGAAUAUCACGGACCACUCCUGCCUGAAAGUCUACCACAAGGACCCGGCGCAGGCCUUCAGCCACGGGUCCCGGCCAGCCAAUGGCGACGCCAGGAUGCACGGCGACAUGGUGAAUCCUCUUAGGCAGGCUCCCAUGGGUCCGCCGGCGCACCACCCCCCGUUGCAGGCGGCACUCCCCCCGUCUCCCCACUCCCCUUCCCGGAUCCCGUUCGGCCCGCGGCAGGGCUCUCUCUCCGGUAACGGCACCGUGCCCAGGGAGCGCCUGUCCACCGCCAGCGCCCAGGCCCGCUCCAGCUCGCCCUGCCCGAGCGCCAUCUUGGAGAGGCGGGACGUCAAGCCUGACGAGGACAUGGGCGGGAAGGGUCACAGUCUCACGAGGGGGAACGAGGGUUUGUACGCCGACCCUUACCUUCUCCAGGAGGCACGAAUGGGCAUGGUGGCGUCCCACGGACCGCACCCCAACCCUGGGCAUGACGGGCCAGACCACAACUUCCACCGGGCGUCCAUCCGCUCCACCAGCUCUUACAGCGGGCCCAGUCCCACCGACUCAAUCGACCACCCUUCCCUGUACAGGCAGAAGUCAAGAAACAGCCAACUUCCCACGCUGGGCUCCAAAACGCCUCCGCCAUCCCCUCACCGGAUGGCCGACGUGCGGCUCAUCGACAUCCACGGCGGGGUUCCCAUCGAGAGGACCUCGUCCGUGCGCCAGUCCUUUAGGAAAGAGGAUGUGACGGGGAACAAGCCCAGGAACAACAUGGCCUCGUCAGACCUCCAGGGGCACCCUCAAGGGCCCGUCCCGGCCGCAAGCGAUAUUCAGACACGAGAGCGAAUGAAGGCAAUGGAGCAACAGAUUGCCAGCUUGACUGGCCUUGUUCAGCAUGCACUUUUAAAGGGGCCAGACACUAGUGGCGCCAAGGAGCCUCUCAGCGAGAGACACUCGAAGACGUCGUCGCCAGCCCACAGCGCGCACAGUUCAAGUGGCUCACCGAUUUUGCCGCCAAAAUGCAACGCUUCCGCCGCCGCCGCCUCUGCGCCGCCGCAAGACAGGCAGGGCCAGAUUCCUCUCAAAGCCAACCUGCUGCAGUUCAGAAAGAACGUGUCCGACCUCAGGAUGCAACUGCACCAGAUGAGGCAGCUGCAGCUCCAGAACCAGGAGAUCCUACGAGUGCAGCUGAAGCGGGCUGAGCAGGAGAUCGGCGCCAAGCUGGCGGAGGCGUUGCGCCGCCUGGAGGACCCCGUCCAGAAGCAGAGGGUUCUGGUGGAGGAAGACCGGCAAAAGUACUUGGGCCUGGAGGAGCGUGUGCUGACACAACUUGGGGAUCUGGAGCAGUAUGUGGGCGCUCUGCAGAAGGGCACGUCGGGAACUCGGCGAGCGGUUACCCUCAGGGAUGUGGAAGAGGGGGCGGUGACUCUGAGGAAGGUGGGGGAGUCCCUGGCGGGGCUUAAAGGAGAGUUUCCAGCCCUGCAGACCAGAAUGCGUGCCGUGCUGCGCGUGGAGGUGGAAGCUGUCAAGUUCCUCAAGGAGGAGCCUCACAAACUGGACAGCAUGCUGAAAAGGGUCAAGAGCUUGACCGACACGCUGAGCAGUCUGAGAAGAUCUGCAAGUGAGGGGUCUCAGAGAGCGGCCGAUCCUUCUGCUCACAUCCCACUGGACAACAUCCCGCCUCUGGCAGAAACCCCGCCGGCACAGGUCCCCGCAGCGGCCCCACCAGAGUCCCAGAGCUCCACUGUGAAAUCCGAUGUGAAGCCCUCCUCUCCGGUGGUGAUCCAUCACGUCCAGAGCUCCCCGGUUCCCGUGCUGCAGUCCCAGCAGUCCGCCAACUUGUCCGCCGCUCAACCCAGCCCGCCUCUCACACCCAGCCCCACUCACUUCAGCGCAGCCACUCUCUCAGAUCAAGGCCGGGUGUCCCCUAAGGCGACGCCCGCCGACCCGCCCAGUCCGGCUCGCCAUAAGAAGGCACGUGCCAGCCCCGUCACCCACGGCAACGGAACUGCCUGCCAGGAUUUGGUCAUUGAGGAGCUGCAGCAUAGUAAGGACAAAUGCAAGAACAGAGCAAUGUCCAUAGAGGCUGCAGAGAAGGAGUGGGAGGAGAGGCGGCAGAACAUGGGUCAGUAUGAUGAAAGAGAGUUUGAGAAAAUCCUUCAGGAGGCUGAGGCCAACAUGACAAAGGGCCUCCCGAGUCCUGAUGUGGAAAGUAACCCAAUGUUAGCCCCUGCUGCCAGAAUCCUUUUGGAGUCCCCAACAGAGCCUCAGCCUGAGCCUCAGUCAGAAAAACCGACCAUGAGGGUUCCGGAGAAGCUCCUGAAGCCAGUCACGGAUAAAUCUGCCAAACCAGUGACGGAAAGAACCACCAAGACCGCCACAAAGCCCGCAUCCCCGGACACUCUGAACAAGCCGGGAUCCGAAAAGGCCACCAAGUCCCCACCGCCGCCGCCUCCGAGGAAGACCUUCUCCAACUCCGGCUCGGGUAUGACCACCACACGGUCGGGAGAGGUGGUCUACACCAACAGGAAGGACUCUCAGGAGGGUGACAAUGAAGGACCACUUCCCGCUGCCCAAAUCAAGCCCAACAAAAGUGCCCCGCCGGAACCUAAGAAGCCCGCCACCCCUCCUCCUGUCAUUGCCAGGGAGGAGGAGGAUGAAGGUGACAGGAUCAUGGCAGAACUCCAGGUUUUCCAGAAGUGCACAGUUCAGGAAUUAGGGCCGCCAAACACGGUGGAGCCCGCCACUCACAUGGAAGCGCAAAUAAGGGAGCUGAGGUCGGACAAGAAGCAGAGUUCAGAGACCAAUCGGGAAGAAAAAGAUCCUGACACCGACGAAAACGGAAACAGUACUGUCCGGCAAAGCCAAGGGGUCAUAUACUACGUGACCGGAAAGAUUCCUAAAGAGCACUCGCACCAUGCCGGAACAGAAGAAACCCACGAGCACCAGGAGCCCGCCCAGUCUCCAUCACAGGUGUCAAAUGUCACUGUUAAUGACAAUUCUCCAGGCCAGCAGGAGCAGCAAGCACCCAAGUCACCACCGCCUCGAUCCCCACCGCCAAAGUCACCAGCACUCAAGUCACCGCCGCCUAUUUCGCCCAAACCUGCGGGACUGACUGCGUUCAAACUUCCUAAGAAGCCGUUGAAACGCUCCGAGUCCUUGAAAACCAAUGCAGAAAUGGAGAAGGGGAAGAACUUGAACAGAACUAAAUCAGAGAAGAAGAAUCAGCUCGUUCUGGAUUCGGUUUCUUCCACUAAGAAUGCAAAACCCGAGGCAGUGGCGGUAUCCAGAGAGGCGUCUAAAAGUUCUGCUGCACCGCCGCCGCCACCGAGGAGGUCAUCAAGUGAGGAGCACAACUUCCUAAACUCAAACUUUGAGGAAGGUAAUGAAGAAGCUAGCCUUAGUCCUGAUUUACCAGGAGAAGAGCCGCCUCCACCACCGGACAACAUUGCCUUUAUGAUCACUAAUACGAGGGUUCAAGCCCUUUCUUGUGGGGAGUACAAGGAACUGGUCAAUGCCAAAAAAGGAAGCGUCCAGACCGUGACCGUCGGCGGUGGGAACAAUACAGGAGAUCCCGACAUGCCUCUGGAUAAUGGCUUCAACAAGAAGCCCGUCAUCAUUAUUUUCGAUGAACCUAUAGACAUCCGCGCUGCCUACAAGCGUCUUUCCACCAUCUUCGAGUGUGAGGAGGAGCUGGACCGGAUGCUAGCGGCGGAGCGCAUCGACGAGGAAAGCGAGGAGUCAGACACGGACAGGAGCGGCAAGUUACCGGGGAAACCCGGAGACUCCGAGGUCGUUGAAGUUGAAAAGGUCACUUUGUCUAAAGCCGCCGGAGACCACACCAGCCUGUCAUCCUCGUCUUCAUCAAUAAUCUCGGAGUCGACGGAUGUCGGAGUGUCGAACGGAGAUGCCAAGCAGGAUAGCAAGAAAAAGUUUAAGUUCAAAUUCCCCAAGAAGCAGCUCGCGGCUCUUACCCAAGCCAUUCGCACAGGGACCAAGUCUGGAAAGAAGACGCUACAGGUGGUUGUGUAUGAGGAUGAGGAGGAGUCAGACGGAACUGUAAAGCAGCAUAAAGAAGCCAAGAGAUUUGAGAUCUCACGCUCAAAAUCCUCAGCAGAUACCCUUAAGGCACCGAGCCCGACUCCGCAAAAGACGCAGAACUCUGACUCCGUUUGCAGGACCAACGAGAUCCGUAAGAACACGUACAAGACCCUGGACAGCCUAGAACAGACCAUCAAGCAGCUGGAGACCACCAUCAACGAGAUAGGACCCGUCUCCCCCGAGGAGACGGGUAUCCCCGAGGUAAAAAAGGGAGAGAACGGGAAAGUGCCGGAAGGGCUUGGGCUGAGGAGGUCCGUCUCGCUCCCGACCUCCAAGGGGUCGGCCCUUAAGUUAGCCAGCAAAGCUUCCUUCCAGAAGAAGACCAAACCUCUGCUCCUCCCGCGGCCUGUAGUCGUCCCCACCAGCACAACCUCGGGCACCACCACCACCAUCACUGCCCCCGGUGCCCCCAGCACCAUCCAACAGAACGCCAGUGUCGCUUCCCCCACUAGUCGGAUGCCCGUCCCUUUGUCGGCGAAGUCCAGGCAGUCGCCGGCCGCGACUGACAAAGCAGGAAAACAGCAAAAACUGCAGGACGCUCAAAGGCAGUUCCGACAGGCUAACGGAAGUACUAAAAGAGUGGGAGGGGAUCAUAAAACCACUUCCCCCACUGUACCCGUCUCUAAAAUCCCCGCUUUUUAUCCUAGCGCUACUAAAUGCAGCUCGGACCCCGCUAAUCCCACUAACCCCCCCUCCUCCAAGUCCUCCCACCUGCCCCCCCACAGCGCUCGCUCGGCUUCCCUGCCCUCCUCGCACAUCCCCUCCCUGUCCAACGGCUCCCUCAAGCCCCCCUCGCAGCACGCGGCUAAAGCUCUCUCCUUCUCCUCGCAGACCCCCAACGGUCGAGUGCACUCCUCCUCCUCCUUCUCCUCCUCCUCUUCAUCCUCCUCCACCUCCCCCUCCCCUCUGUCGCCUUUGGGCCCGGGCGGGAAGAGCAUCCGCACCAUACACACCCCCAGCUUCACCAGCUACAGGGCCCACAACGGCGGCGGCGGCAAAUCCUGCAUCCCGACAGCCUCGGCCGCUAAGGACUAGCUUUGCUUUAGCCCCUCCCUCAUUUUUCGGGGACGCUGACGCUGGCUCAUCACCGCAUUUUCACUCGUCAUGCAUUCAUUUGCUGUUUUCCAACGAGGUCUCUGGCGGUGUUUUCAAGUCCGGCGAGCCUGUUUUACGCAGCGACCCCCGAAAAAUGGCCGCAUCAGAGCUGGGACCGAAGACCCUCUUACAAGGAUUUGGCCUUUUACGCAAUGAAGUAAAAUUAGUAAAAUAUCACAAAACUGCUGCAUCAAAGUCACAACGCAAGCAGAAAUUUCAUGCAGGACCCAGCGAAAAAUGUUACAGGGACCCAGUUGUUUCAGAUAUGGCAAUUAAUGAGAAUUUAGUAAUUCCAAUUCUGUUUUUUUUUUUGAUCCUUCGCAACUCUCAUCAAUUCUAAUCAGGUAAGGAAAUGAAAUAAUGCAAAUUAUGUGCCAUCAUUAUCAUACGGGUUGAUAAUAUAAAGUGCGUUCACCUUUGAUUAAAUUAAACAUCUGCGAAUGUCGCGAGUAGGAACAUGUUUGCGUCUUUUUGGCGUGGACUUUUGAGUCCGUCUGCCCUGAUGUUGUCAUCACUCGUUUGCGACGUAAGGGGAAUCGAUAAAGCGGCGAAAGACGAUCUUCAAGAUACGACCUGUUAUUUGGCAGGUCUCCCCCCCCAUUCUUUAAUUUGCUCACAAAUUGUCAAAAUAUUCAAGACUGGUAUUGAUUAAUUCUCCCAAAAUAAGAUUCAAGCUAUUUAAUCCCACAUUUUUGUUUUGUUUUGUUUUUUUAACAGCCACACAGUUUUGCCAUCUGCCAAUUUAAUGCUAACGCAGGGUGCACAGCACUAAGGGGUGGCCUGCCGUUAGCAUCCAGCAAUAUUAUCGUGUUAUUACCCUCAUUUAAAAGAAAAAAAAAUUACAAAAUUAAUAGCAUUUGGUAGCUUGGCUGGAACGGAAUACAGUGGAGGCCAAAAUACUCUCGGUUCAGCACCUUGGAUUCACCUAGUUGGCGUUAGGGGGGGGGGGGGGAAUCACAUCAUGCCGGGUCAACUAUGUCCAAUUCUGCCUUGGUUUUAUCCUCAUUUAUAAAGAAUAGUGUAAAAAAAAUGUAUGAGCAGUGGGAAAGGGGCAACUACACGAGAGUCACACGUGCUAUAUUCCACAGGCUUUGUACAGGCUUCUAUUUUUCCUACCAGAGCUUCGAAUGAGCGUCGUAUAUUUAAUCUGUCAAUGUUUCUUCACCCUUGUAAAUGCCUUGUAUACAGACCGAGUAUUUUCCCAUUAAAGUCUCAACUGCCAACGUUUGGGGGCAGUGGGGAGAAUUAAAAAACAAACCAAAAAAAAAACAGUAACAUGAUAAAUGAUAACAUACAGUAAGUGUGGUUAUUUGCCAAAGUUGUCCAAGUUUGGGGGGGGGGGAAUUAGGGGGAACACGCAUUUUUGUGUAUUUGUCUUGUAAACUGUUCUAGAAACUUGUACAUACAGUAAAUGCCUCUCGACUAAGAAAAGUAGUUUUGUUAACACACCAAAGUUUUAUGAUUUGUAUGCAUGCCUAUCCAUCAGAUACUAUAGGAGAGUGGUGUAAAAAAUAAAAGAAUAAUGUUUGCACAGGUGGACCAUGUAAAUAUUUUCUUUAAUCUCAUUUUUUGUUGUUGUUUUUUUGUAAAGCUUUAAGUCAUAUCGCCAUGUGGAGUAGCAGCAGACAACGAACCGCGCUUGUAAAGCAGGAGUGGGAAACCUUUUAUUAAUAAAAAGCCUCAAACACAUUUCAAACACAAAAGCUCGUCUAAAGGUUGUUUGAUCAUCACAUCUUUUUUUCUUCUUCAUCAUUUUACUCCAGGAAAAAGGGUUCCCCACUCCUGCUAGAAUGCCAGCUUCCAUAUUUAGUUUUUAUUUUUCCUGAUUAAAAGGCUUAAAACAA